GCUGCGGGUGCUCGCUGGUGGCAGAUCUGGAGGCGGCUGCGUUGGUGGGGCACCGCGGUCGGGUUGAAUUCGGUUGGGAGCCAUGAGCGUGGACAAAGCCGAGCUAUGCGGGUCUCUGCUCACCUGGUUCCAGACCUUCCAAGUCCCGCCCCCCUGUGCCAGCUCCCAGGACCUGAGCAGUGGCCUUGCAGUGGCCUAUGUGCUGAACCAAAUAGACCCUUCUUGGUUCAACGAAACAUGGCUCCAGGGCUUCUCAGAAAACCCAGACUCCAACUGGAGGCUAAAGGUCAGCAAUCUGAAGACAAUCUUACAGAGCCUGGUGGAGUACUAUCAGGAUGUCCUGGGGCAUCCUAUUUCUGAGCAGCACCUCCCAGAUGUGAGCCUCAUCGGCGAGUUCUCAGAACCAGAAGAGCUCGGCAAGCUUCUCCAGCUGGUGCUGGGCUGUGCCAUCAGUUGCGAGAAAAAGCAGGAGCACAUCCAGAGAAUCAUGACGCUGGAGGAAUCAGUUCAGCAUGUGGUAAUGGAAGUCAUCCAGGAGCUCAUAACCAAAGACACCCCUGACUCCCUAUCAACGGAGACAUAUGGGAACUUUGACAGUCAGUCCCGCAGGUACUACUUCCUAAGCGAGGAGGCUGAUGAGGGGGAUGAGCUGCAGCAGCGCUGUCUGGAUUUGGAGCGGCAGCUGGUGCUCCUGUCUGAAGAAAAGCAGAUCCUGGCACAGGAGAAUGCAGCACUGAGAAAGAGUGUGGGCCGGCCUGAGGGUGAGGGUGCCACAGGUCUCACGGCCAAGAAGCUACUGCUGCUGCAGUCCCAGCUGGAGCAGCUGCAGGAGGAGAACUUCAGGCUAGAGAGUGGCAGGGAGGAUGAGCGGCUGCACUGUGCAGAAUUAGAGCGGGAGGUCACUGAGCUGCAGCAGCGGAACCAGGCGCUGACCAGUCUGGCCCAGGAGGCUCAGACCUUGAAGGAUGAGAUGGAUGAGCUUCGACAAUCCUCUGAGCGUGCAGGGCAGCUGGAGGCCACCCUUAGCAGCUGCCGCAGCAGGCUGGGAGAGCUGAGGGAGCUGCGGCGGCAGGUGCGGCAACUGGAGGAGUGCAACGUGGGCCACGCAGAGCGCACGAGGCAGUUGGAGGAUGAGUUGCGCAGGGCCAGCUCUUUGCGUGCCCAGCUCGAGGCACAGCGGAGGCAGGUUCAGGAACUGCAAGUGCAGCGCCAGGAAGAGGCGAUGAAGGCAGAGAAAUGGCUAUUUGAGUGCCAAAAUCUGGAGGAAAAGUAUGAAUUGGUGACAAAGGAGAAAGAGCGGCUGUUGGCAGAGCGGGACUCCCUGCGGGAGGCCAACGAGGAGCUGCGCUGUGCCCAGCUGCAGCCACAGGGACUGACCCAGGCUGAUCUAUCAUUAGAUCCCACCUCACUGGACACUGAAAACUUAGCAGCGGAAAUCUUUCCUGCGGAGCUCAGGGAGACACUUCUGAAGCUUCAGCUGGAGAACAAGCGACUAUGCCAACAGGAGGCAGCUGAUCGCGACCGACAGGAGGAGCUACAGCGCCAUCUGGAGGAGGCCAACCGGGAGCGCCACCGGCUGGAGACUCAGCACCGGCUGAACCAGCAGCAGCUGUCAGAGCUACGGGCCCAAGUGGAGGACCUUCAGAAGGCCCUGCAGGAACAGGAGUGCAAGACUGAGGAUCCCACGCUGUUGAAGAGGAAGCUGGAGGAACAUCUACAGAAGCUGCAUGAGGCAGAUCUGGAGCUGCAGCGAAAGCGGGAGUACAUUGAGGAACUGGAACCACCUGCUGACAGCAGCACAGCCCGACGUAUUGAGGAGCUGCAGCAUAGCCUGCAGAAGAAGGAUGCGGACUUGCGUACCAUGGAGGAACGGUACCGCCGUUACGUGGACAAGGCACGCACGGUCAUACAGACCUUGGAACCCAAGCAGCGGCCACCUGGGGGUGCACCACUAGAACUCCACACCCUGAGGACACAGCUGCGGCAAAGGGAUGUCCGCAUUCGCCAUCUGGAGAUGGACUUUGAGAAGAGCCGAAGUCAGAGGGAACAAGAAGAAAAGCUGCUCAUCAGUGCCUGGUAUAAUAUGGGCAUGGCUCUGCAGCAGCGAGUAGGAGAAGAGCGGGCACCUACCCAUGCCCAGUCAUUCCUAGCACAGCAGCGGCUGGCCACCAACACUCGCCGUGGACCCCUAGGACGCUUAGCAUCCCUGAAUAUGCGCCCCCCGGACAAACAUUGAUGGACCUCAGGAUUCUGCCACCUGCCCAGCCAGUCAGGGCUUAAUCUACCCUGAAUUUCCCCAACUUGUGGCAAAGAGCCCAGAAUCAUGCUUCAGCCACCUGUUGGGGAGCCUCAAAACUGUGAUUGCCAUCCUUUGCUCUCCCAUAUGGGACAGGAGUUCAGGAUAGGACAGGUGGCAAAUAUGGCCCUAUUCUUUUUAGCAAUGUGAUUCUUAUCUGUGAUUUUUCUCCCUGGGGUUCACAAGCUGCCAGAGGAGAGUAAUUUUAUAUUCGAGAAAAUAAAUAAAUAAAUAAAUAAGACUUUUAAUCUGCCCUGGCUAGCCUCUGGGCACUGAGGUGAGAAAGAGAAGAUGACCAGAGAUGCAGACCAUUGUUUUUAAGAAAGGCCUGACUUCUUACUAAAGUGUGAGUGACUUCUAGCACUCAGUGGGAGGUGAAGAUCAUGUUUAUGUGACUGUGUGUUUGUGUGGUGGAUUUUGAAGAAUUUCAGAUAAAAACCCCUGC